UGUGGCUAUUCGUGAGAGAGCGACGGGGGAAACUUUCGCGCUGAGGUUUAAAGCUCAAUAGUUCUUUAAAAUAACCUUUUGAUCAAGCCUGGUGCAAAACCUUUGUGCAAAAUGAACACCCUGAGUAAAGGUGAUCUCACACUCAAACCAGAAUCUGAAGGGGAUCCCAAGCCCAAACCAGAAUCUGAAGGAGAUGCCAAACCAGAAUCUGAAGGAAAUGCCAAACCAGAAUCUGAGACAUCAGCAACAAAGAUAUAUUAUUGUGAGAUUUGUAAAGUUCCAUGUAUGAGCGCAAUGACACUCCAGAUACACUUUGCUGGAAUAAAGCAUAAAAAGAGAGAGAGACUCCUGAAAUCAAAACAUGCUCCAGUGAUAUAUGAAGAACCCAUGCCAGUAAAGAGACCACUCUCAAAAAAUAUAAGAUGUCUGAAAGAUUUCAUGAAGGAUCCAGACAGAGAAGAACCUCUCAUAGGUUUGGAAUAUGUGAUGGAGGUCCGAUUUAAAGGGAGAAGAGAACCAUUCUAUGAAUGUCAGCUAUGUCAGUUUAAUACAGAAAUGGCACCAAUGAUAGAACAUCUCACUGGUCAAAGACACAGAAAAACUUACCUUAUAAAACAUUAUCCAGAGAAGUCAAGGAGGGGCCCAAAUAAUGGUAAAGAAGAAAAAGUUAGAUUUCUUAGACGGAUAGCAAGAGAAGUAGAGAAGACUGAAGGUUUAAAAAUGUAUAAGCGUGAAGGUUAUGAGAGACCCAGUAUACGUUCUUUAGCAGCAAAGAAGAAAGCAAGGUUUUCCUCUGGUUACAAGCCUGAGAAUGAUCCAGUUCGGAGACAGAAAGCUGUGGAGUAUAUGGAAUACUUUGAGAUAACAUCAGACAAAGAAGCAACUGAAGUCAUAAAAAUUGCACAGUCCUUGUCAGAAGCUUUAAAGGCCUUUUGUGAAAAGAAAGCAGCACUUCAACAUAUUAGAAGCCUUCCACCACUACUGCCACCAGGAAUAAGAAAUGAAAAGCAACAGAAACCAAAUAAACCACUUGAAAGCUACAAAGAUCAUCCAGCAGACAAUUGGAAACAUGGAUGUCUGUCUAAUGGACUUGCACAGUUACAGUCCCUUCUACAGCAAGCACCAAGCACUUCACACAACAUAAGUUCUAAAGAUCUUGCAACAGUGUCUGCCCUGAAAAGUUCAUUUGCUCAUCAGCGAGGAGGCUUUAGUCAGGGAAUCAAUGAGUGGAUGAAACAAUUCAACCAGUCUGCUUCUGCUUACUUCCAGUCAAUGCCAGCUGAAGAAGAGUCUCCCUAUUUUACAUCACUACAAAGCAGUUAUACAACACAACACUGCGAAAGAGAUGGUAGUCAAGUACCCGAUAAUAGAAUGGUAGACAGUAGAAUAAAAAACUGGGAUAGUAGGAGAGGGUCACUUGACUCAAGAGCAUACCCUGUUACCCCCAAGUCAUAUGGUCCUCCAAGAGGGUAUCAAGCAGAUUGCUCUUCACAAAAAUCUCCCUCCUGGUAUUGCGAUGGGCCUGCGAAUAGUAAGCAAACGUCUGCACCUUCCUUUUCUUCUGAAAGCAAUAGGUCCGCCUGGCCUCAACGAUCAGGCCCUGAAGGGGAUCUGGAGGCUUUUCCGUCCUUUUCUGGUGGCAGGUCAUAUGGAGACUACCAGCCACAGAAUACAGAGCUAAAUAAUGUAAUGAGUGGAAGUAGCAGUGGCCUUACUGCUGACGUUAUGAAUCAGCUUCGAGGAAAGGAUGCUGCUACAUUGACAAGCAUGCUUCAACAGCUAGUUCCCUAUUAUCCAGAUCUUCAAAAAAUUAAUAUUCAUGCAUUAGCCCAAGCUCUGAGUGAAAUGAAUUAAGAAUCAACUGAAAGCUGAACUGGAAGACAGUUUCACCCUAUCAGGAAGCUACUCAGCAAAGUAGAUCCUGGUUCUAGAGGACAUAACCCAAACACAAUUUGUACAGCAUUUGAAACCUAAUGUAGAGGUACAAUGUUUAGAUUUACUGAAAUGUACCAGAACUACAGUAAAUGUUCAUGUUUGUAAUAAGAAAAUGUUUUGUCACAUUACUUGAAGCUUCAACACUUGCUAUUUUUACUUACAAAAUUCAUCUUAAUAUGAGAAUGCCCAAAAGUAUUCUAGUUUUCCAAACUCUUGAAUGUUUUACAUCAGACAACUUCCUUUGUUUCAUCCUUCUCGUCAUACCUUGGAACCAGUAUGCAAUAAAUCAGUGCCUCUUA